CGCCUUACAAUAUUUGAUUUUCAUGGCGACGUAAACCAGUGGGGAAGCAUGUGGUUCGAUUAUUCCUUAUUGUCACGUCGUCAUGUAACAAACUGGUGGCUAAACGCAAUGAUAAGCUCUCCUCCAACGAUCUCAACCAAAACAUGGCGAUGAAGAUUCUUUCGUUGUUGUUUAUAUUUUGGUUCGCUACUCCGCCCGGCAGAUGUUCAGCCAACCAAGAAAAACUAAAAUGGGACACAAGCUCUUGCAAGAAAGCUAGCAAGCUCUUCAACAACAAGAACAGAGUAGUGAAUAAGCUAGACCAAGUUUUAAAGUCAGAAACAGAGCGAAAGAAACUAUUAGAAGCGCAAAUCAAAGCGAUUAAUAUUUAUAGAGCCGAACUGGAUGAUUCCGAAAGAUCCGUCUUUGAAUCUAUGAGUGGUCUUGGAAGUUUAUUACACGAAGACUUUAAAUCUGUCAUCCACAUCAAGGAAGCUGUCAAAAAGAGGUUGGAUGCCUACAAAAGCUUAACAAUCCAUCAAGAGGAUCAAUACAAUGCGAUAUCAGAAGCGGAAAAACAACUAAAUAUUGCAAAUAAACAUAACAAUAGCAGGACCACGAGUCUGAUUGGCAAACUUUUGCAGGGGGUACUGUCAGAUAUAUCUUUGCAGGCCGAUAAACUAGAGGAGAAGCUAUCUGAUAAAACCUUCGAGAAAACGAGAAAGAAUAAAGGGGCAUCUAUAGAGGCUGUCGUCAGGCUAGAAGAUGAUGAUGCAGGUGAUGAUAAAGAUGAUGGUGAUAAUAAUACUGGAACAGAUGCUGCUAAUGGUGAUGAUGGUGAUGAUGAUGAUAAAGAUGGCAUGAGUAUUCUAGUGGAUUCGCAGAGUAACCAGUUUGUACUUUCUAAAUCAAACGAUGCUACUAUUCCCCACGAGGAUCUCCACUUCAUUCGAGAUAUUAUUUGGAUUAUUGUCUUGUCUUUUUUUGGUGCUAUGUUCUGCUCUUUGGUUCAUCUGCCAACAAUGUUUGGGUUUGUUCUCAGUGGAAUGAUUCUUGGCCCAACAGGAAUGAACAUAAUUAAGUCUGUUGUCCAAGUGGAGACUCUUGGAGAGUUUGGAGUGUUUUUCAUCCUGUUUUGUGUUGGUCUUGAAUUUUCCCCAGACCGGAUCAAAAAGGUGUGGAAGGUUUCUGUUGGUGGUAGCACCUUAAUGAUGAUUCUCAUUCUUAUCUUUGGGAUGUUCUGGGGAGCAUGUUUUGGAAUUCUUCCUCAGCAGAGUUUGUUUGUGGCGGCAUGUCUUUCUCUAUCCAGCACUCCCCUGGUUGUGAAAUUUUUAGAAACCAAGCAUGGAGACAGCUCAAAAGAACAUACAAAUGGAAACCAUGAGUACAGCAGCAGCUUGCUGGGCAUACUAGUCAUGCAAGAUGUUCACCUGGGUUUACUAGUAGCCAUUCUACCAGCCCUGGCCGGACGCAAAGGCUCAUCACCUGUCAAACCAAAUCACGGCAUUAUGCAUAAUAUUCUCCAUGGAAAGGACCACUCAAAUGUAACAGGAGUGCUAGAUGAAGUAGUGAACACUUCAUGGAUACUUUUUGAAGUUGCACUUUCUAUGAUAAGUUUAUUUUUGAUGUGCAUGCUGAUGGCAAAGUACCUCAUUGGGCCAUACUACAGGCAUUUGCAGAGACUUGGAAGCAGUGAGCUUGUAUUCCUUGGAACCAUUUCUCUAGUAUUCCUUAUGCUGAUGUUGACAGAUCACCUUGGCAUCUCGAUGGAGCUGGGUUGUUUUGUUGCUGGGGUAGUCAUCAGCUCGCAUGGGGAGCAAAUUGUUAAACUGGCAUUGCAUCAUAUAGAGCCCAUUCGAGACGUUUUUUCAUGUUUAUUCUUCGCCUCUAUUGGUCUUCAUGUAUUUCCCUCGUUUGUUCUAAAUGAGCUGCCAAUCACACUAGCGCUCACCUUUGGUGUUGUCGCAAUUAAGUUCUUCGUUGGAGUGUUCGUACUACGACUGUUUCUUCCGCAAUCUAGUAAUGCGAAGUAUAUAGUAGCAUCUGGACUGGCACAAGUUAGCGAGUUUUCAUUUGUCUUGGGCAGUCGAGCGAGACGCUUCCAUCUCAUUUCUAGGGAGGCAUACCUCAUUAUUCUGAGUGUCACAACUUUGAGCCUGCUGUUUGCACCGCUGGUCUGGCGUGCCUCGCUCCGAAGAUACGGGGACAAACGGUUAGGGAAAUCCGCUGACCGCUUGCACAAGCCUUUAAAGCCUGUUUAGCAAAUAGCGUAUUUUACGUGGCCAGCAAAGCUUUCGACCACGCCUCUCAUCAUUAUACAUUAUUUAGGUAGUUAGGACAAAAGAUACUUAGGAGAAUGGUUGGCGAAUAGUUUGUCAACUACGAAAGCCGAGAAGGGCCGUUCAGAGAAAAUUGAUUUCCCUUGGAAAUAAAAUGGUAUGCUUGGAAUUUUCAUGUCACUUUUUAUCCAUCAAAAUCGAUCUUAAUUAUUAGAUUGAUAAAAACUUAUCAUUGAACACUUUUCAAUUCGUAUCAAACGGGAGUUUUGGGAAAUAUAUUUAUAAAGAUUUCGCAUCAUAGCUGCUAUUAGGGAAGGGUUUUGUAUUAUGAUAAUAAACUAUGGAUAAACAUU